AUGGAACCACAUAAAAGCAUCAGCAUAGCACCUUCACUCCCAGAAACACACCACGACGAUGCCAGCUCGAAUUUCUUUCAAUAUGCCAAUAUUUCACCAGAGAGGAAUAAAGAGUAUGAGCUUCAAGAUACUACUGAAAGUUACAUUGCCGAGUCUGAAACCACUCAAAACCCAUAUAUAAGGGGCGCCAGGAUAUUUAUGGCCAUAUCAAUUGUAUCGGCCUUGGUUUUGUUAGCAUUUGAAAUUUAUAUCUAUGCCGUUAUCAAUCGCCACAAGGAAAAGCUUGGUUCAAACGCUCGAUAUACUGAGCUCUCGAUAUACUUGGCGCUAUUCAUAUUCGCAUCAGUGUUCCAGAUAUUGCUCUCUUAUAUUGGAGUAAGGUCCAAAAACUUGCUUCUACUCACCAUGCUCUGUGUGUUUUACUGCGGUAUGUUGAUCUACACUGGCAUUCAAUACCAAGAAAUUUCCGAGUUCGUUAACGUGGUGCUCCACGGUGCAUGGAAACGAGCUACCAAAGGUGUGAAUAUCACCGCCAUUGCUGUCAUUGGAAUUACCUUGGUGGCUCAAACGUAUAUGAUUUUUGGUGUGCUUCGCAAACAUGUCCAGUGGAUUCGAUACAAGAAAAUUGGAGCAGACCCAAAAAUCAGACAAUUGUAUUUGGUGUACCAGAUCCACCGAUCGCUUCUUAUGCUCAACUUUUUCUUUUUUUUAGGGUUCACUGUGCAAUUCAUUGUCAUAAUGGUGCGAGACAAGUCUUCGGUCGAGUUCAUCUUGACGGUAAUUGUGUUGCCGAUUACAAUCCUUUUGCUUAUAUUUUGUGACUUUGCAAUCACAAGAGAAUUGGUGUGGGCUGCACUUGUUGCAAUUGUCAUUUUAGCUUGUGGAUGUGCCUAUGUGCUUUUCAAAACUAUUCGAUUAUUUACCAAGUACACCUCGGCAUACCAUUUCGGUUUCAAGCCCGGUUCCUACUUUCCCGGAAGAAAGUCUCUUGUCACUUUUGGAGUCUUAACUUUGGUUCUACUUUUUGCAACCAUAGGUCUUGAGUUGUACUUGAUUUGCAACUUUCACAGCGGAUUGAAAGAUAUUCUUGGUGAUUCGUACCUGAAAGUUUCUUGGGGUAAAUCAACGAGAGAUGUCGAGUCUGAGGAGUCUCUAGAAAUAGAUUAG